GUUAUAUUUCAUAGGUAGUUAAUUUCAUAGUCAGUACCGACCUAAGGCAGAGCAUAUUUCAUAGAUACAAGUAUAUAAUCAUGGCAUUAUCCGACCAUCUCCUUCAUUCUCUCCCACGCCCAGCGCCCUUAGUGACUCUAAGUGUGUCAAUAUGAAGUCAUUCUUAACUUUGGCGGCGGUCGCUGGCCUUCUUAGCGUACCCGCUCGUAGCGCACCUACAUAUCCAAAACUACCAAACUCGACCAGUUGGGCUUUUGAGAAAUGGGACGCCAUAGUCGUCGGCGCCGGAACUGCUGGCAUCAUCGUAGCUGAUAGGUUGAGCGAAGCCGGGAAGAAGACUCUUCUGGUAGAACUUGGCGGCGCCUCCUACGGAGUUACGGGAGGCACAGAAAGGCCGGCAUGGCUUAACGGAACGUCAAUGAGCCGUGUUGACGUACCUGGGUUAUACAAGAGCAUCUUCAGUGGCAACUCGGACCUCCUAUGUCCUUCGGGCGUUAUGAACUCCUUCCAAGCAUGCACCAUUGGCGGUAACAGCGCUAUCAACGCCGGCUUGUACUUCCAACCUCCGGCGUCUGAUUGGGACGAUUAUCAUCCAGAGGGGUGGAAGAGCGCCGACGUCGAAGGUGCGACACGUAGACUCCUAGACACUCAGGCUUCCAUAACGAGCUACUCCACAGACGGCAAGUUUUACAUGCAGACCGGAUACGAGGCGGCCAAAAAGUGGCUUGUCGACGGCGCUGGACUGUCCGAGGUCGAUUUCAAUGAAACUCCGGAUAAUAAGGACAUGGUCUUUGGGCGGCCAUCCUACAACUACAUCGAUGGCCAAAGAGGUGGUCCAACCAGGACAUACUUACAAAAUGCCCUGAAGCGAAGUAACUUCCACCUCCAAACCGGUGUUCGCGUUAAACGUAUCAACCAUGUCAACGGCUUCGCUUCCGGGGUUACUGCCGAAGUCGAUGGAUCAUUAUUGUAUAUUCGGCUUUCUCCCCAAGGCCGAGUGAUUCUAAGUGGCGGCGCCAUCGCAUCGCCAGGGCUGCUAAUGCAUUCUGGUAUUGGCCCGCUUGAAACACUCCUUAACAUGACUGCCUCGGGAUUCCUGCCUCUCAACUCCACAAGUUAUGUCCUCAACCCAGAAGUCGGGGAAGGACUUUUUGAUAACCCGAACACGUUCAUCGAACUCACCGGGCCCGAAAUUGAGUCGUACGUGCACGACUACAACAACCCGAUCCCUGCAGACAGAGAUCUUUACCUAUCUUCACGCAGCGGCCCCUACGCUUCUGCGUCCCAGACCUCUGCUUUCUGGGCGUACGUGCCCAAUCCCGACGGUACCAAGACUGGGGUCCAAGGUACUAUUGAUUCAUCCGGCCACGGAGAAUUUGUAGACAAUAAGACCAUCACGCUCAACAUCUACGGUACCUCGGGCUUGUACUCGGCGGGACGUGUUAUCUUGUCAGACGACGAAAAGUACGUACCAGGUCCUAGCUCUGGUGUCUACUAUAGUGACCCCCGCGACGCCGAGAACAUUGCAAAGUUCAUCCACACCAUCUUCCAAGCUCUACCGCCUUCGACGCCCGACUCCCCGGCUGCGGAUGGCCUCACGCCGCUUAACAUCCCUCAGAACUCAACUCUAGAGGAGAUCCGUACUUACAUUACCACUUGGUCCGACUAUGCGGUCGGCUCCGUCCAGCAUUGGUCCAGCUCGUGCAGGAUUGGGAAGUGUGUCGACGCUGAUACGAAGGUUAUUGGCACCGAGAAUAUCUACGUCGUCGAUGCCUCAAUCCUCUCUCCGUUAACGGUCAACCCGCAGUUCGGCGUGAUGGUUGCGGGAGAGAAAGGAGCGGAAAGGAUAUUGGAAACUUGGCAUGGAGGUAAUAUAGGGACUCUUGCUUAGGCACUUGAUAUGUGGUUUCAUGCAUCAGAUGGCGUUCAUUUAUAUCAUAUAGAAAGGCAGAGUAAAUAGAGGU